CUAUUCAAUAACAGGUUCUCCGGUACAGUUCCGGCGUCGUACGGUAAUUGCAAAUCUCUGAAGCGCGUUCGUAUCCACAACAAUCAAUUAUCCGGAAGACUCCCUUCCGGUUUCUGGAACCUACCUAUGAACAAACUCCUUGAAUUGAAGAACAACAAACUUGAAGGUCCAAUUCCUCCCUCAAUCUCCAGUGCUCGAAACAUUUCUCAAAUCAGGGUCGCCGGAAACAGAUUUUCCGGAAACCUCCCGCUAGAAAUAUGCAAAUUGCAGAAGCUGAUCGAUCUCGAUUUGAGCAGGAACCGGUUUUCCGGUGCCUUACCUUCAUGUAUGACGAAUUUGAAGAAUCUACAGAAGCUUGAACUGCAAGAGAACAUGAUCGAAGGUGAAAUACCAUCCCACGUGGAAUCAUGGAAUGAAUUGGCCGAGCUAAACUUAUCCUUCAAUCGAUUUUCAGGCGAAAUUCCGAGUUCACUCGGGAGAUUACAAGUGUUGAACAGUUUAGACCUCGCCAGGAAUAUGCUCACAGGGGAAAUUCCGACAUCGUUAAUAAAUCUCAAGCUCAACUACUUCAAUUUAUCGUAUAACAGGCUUCACGGGAGAGUUCCAACCGGAUUCAGAAACAAAUUAUUCUACUCAAGCUUAAUGGGAAACCCAGGUCUGUGUUCUUCGGAUUUUGAAGGCCUUCCUUCAUGCCCGAAGUUCAGCCGGGCAACCCUUUACCUUCUGGGCAUUAUAACAUCCUGCGCAUUUCUCCUACUGGUAUCACUUCUCUGCAUCUGCAUCAGGACAAGGCAGUCCACCGCGAAAAGAAGAAGACCCAUAUUUUCAUGGAGCAAUACGGCAUUCCCACAGGCCAGGUUUCAGGAAACCGAACUGUUGGAUUCUCUAUCCGAUGAGAAAAUUAUCGCAACAGGCGGGUCGGGCCGGGUAUUCAGGGUCCAUCUGAAACAAGGGCAGCUUGUUGCGGUUAAAAAGCUCUGGGAGGAUAGCCGGAGAAGUGAUUCAGGAGACGUAUUCAAGGCAGAGGUGGAGGCUUUAGGCAGAGUCCGUCACCGGAAUAUAGUGAAGCUUCUGCAUUGUUGUGUAGGUGAAGAUUACAGAAUAUUGGUGUAUGAAUAUAUUGAGAAUGGAAGCUUGGGAGAUGUACUGUAUGGAGAGAAUGGUGGGUUACUGUUAGAUUGGGGAAGAAGGUUCGAUAUUGCAGUGGGGGCCGCUCAAGGACUAGCAUAUUUACACCAUGAUUGCAUACCUCCUAUCAUUCAUAGGGAUGUUAAAUCAAACAACAUUUUGCUAGAUUCAGAGUUUUUGCCUAAAGUGGCAGAUUUUGGUCUGGCAAAGAUUUUUACCCCAGAUAUUCCGGAUAGUGAACAACUUAUGUCCAAUAUUGCUGGUUCAUGUGGCUACAUCGCGCCAGAAUAUGCGUACACAUUGAAGAUUACAGAAAAGAGUGAUGUUUAUAGUUUUGGGGUGGUAUUAUUGGAACUACUAUGUGGUAGAAGGCCGAAUGAUGAGUAUUUUGGUGAAAAUAAGGAUAUUGUACAAUGGGUUAAAGGCAUUUUAUUCUCAUCGGAGCAACAAUGGGGUGAUCUGGAUGAUAUUUUAGACCCAAGGAUGAAUCAAUCUACGGGUGACUAUGAAGAGAUAAAGAAGGUUUUUGAUGUGGCACUUCUUUGUACAUCGGUGUCGCCGCAUGACAGACCCUCCAUGAGAAGAGUUGUGGAACUGCUUAAGAGUAAAACCAAGAGUCAUUCAAUCUCAAAUGAAAUUGCCAUUGAAUAAGUUUGAUGUAAUGUGGCACAAUUUUGUAUGACGGUGUUUCAGUGAUAUGUUUUGGAAGUUCGAACCCGUUAAUCAAAAUUUUCUAUAUAUUCCUCACUA